GGAGCUUCCAGUGGUUGCCAAGUAAUUUACCUGCCAAAGUUAACCGUCGCGCCGACCAAUUUUUUUGAGCGUCUGCAGUCAGGUGCUAAUACAACUACAUCAUCACGCCGUUGGAACAUCGCUGCAGUUUGUCGUUUCCAACCCUAAUAUCUCUCCGAACGGCAUUGUUCUUAUCCUCUUCCUUCCAGAGGUCCUUUUCUCUGUCACAAUCAUGUCUGUCAUACCGCCACCAAUGCCUCCGGAGAAGCUCGCCGUGCUUCCCUCGGACCCGUCAGUCUGGGACCGGAUUUCGAGUUGGGUUUCUGAGAACAAGGCCGUUGUGUACACAAUUGCUGGUGUUGCCGUGGUGGUCACAACUGCCGGAGCUGUAUAUUACAUAAGGAACAGCUCUGAACCAAAAGACACCGCACCCAGACCCAGCAAGAAGGAAAGAAGGAAACGGAAGCAAGCCGAGCGCGAUGCAGAGAAGGCUACCGCUGCCUCGACUGAAUAUAGCACUUCCCAGCCUAAGGCCGCAUCCGUCGAGGCCGCGGACGACCUGCCGGAGAUUGACGAAAACACAGUCCUGGAGCUAUCGCAAGAGCAACGUGGAACUUAUGCUGCCAAGUUGAAGGAGGCCGGGAAUAAGGCGUACGGCUCCAAGGACUUCCCCAAAGCCAUUGACUUGUACUCCAAGGCCAUCCUCUGCAAGCCCGACCCGGUCUACUACUCCAACCGUGCCGCGUGCUAUAACGCCUCAUCCCAGUGGGACAAGGUCGUCGAGGACACGACUGCCGCCAUCAACCUGGAUCCUCAGUACAUCAAGGCCCUCAACCGUCGUGCAAAUGCCUAUGAUCACCUUGAAAAGUAUAGUGAAGCACUCCUGGACUUCACGGCCAGCUGCAUCAUCGACAACUUCCGCAACGAGCAAAGCGCCCAAGCUGUCGAGAAGCUUCUCAAGAAAUUCGCGGAGUCGAAGGCAAAGGAGAUCCUCGGGUCGAAGCCAGCGAAGCUCCCGAGCCCCACGUUUGUUGGCAACUAUCUGCAGAGCUUCAGAGAGAAGACGCGGCCCGUUGGUUUGGAAGACUCGGUGGAGCUGGCCGAAGACACCGGCAAGGGCCAGCUUCAGCUCGGCCUGCGAGCAUUAGAGAGGAAGACAGGAGAGAGCUAUGACGAAGCGUCGGCAGCCUUUGACAAGGCCCUCGAGCUCAACGACCUGGGCGAGUACGAAGCCUUCGCAUAUAAUAUGCGAGGCACCUUCCGCUGCCUCAAGGGGAAGCACGAUGAGGCUCUCCAAGAUCUCUCCCAGAGUAUCUCGUUGGAUCCGGCAAUGACCCAGAGCUACAUCAAGCGUGCCAGCAUGAGCCUCGAGUUGGGUGAUCCAGAGCAAGCCGAGGAAGACUUCAACAACGCGAUGACGCAGGACGCAAACGAUCCCGACAUCUAUUACCACAGAGCUCAACUGCAUUUCAUCAAGGGCGAGUUCGCCGAAGCGGCCAAGGAUUAUCAAAAGUCGAUAGAUCUUGACCGGGACUUCAUCUUCUCCCACAUCCAACUCGGAGUGACCCAAUACAAGAUGGGCUCGAUAGCAUCGUCCAUGGCCACUUUCCGUCGCUGCAUGAAGAAUUUCGAAAAGACGCCAGACGUAUACAACUACUACGGCGAGCUAAUGCUGGACCAGGGGAAGUUCCAGGAGGCCGUCGAGAAGUUCGACACUGCCAUCGAGAUGGAGGCGGCUGCCAACCCGACGAACAUGAAUGUUCUCCCCCUCAUCAACAAGUCGCUCGCAUUGUUCCAGUGGAAGCAAGACUUCUCCGAGGCCGAGAAGCUGUGCCAUAAGGCUCUGAUCAUUGAUCCGGACUGCGACAUCGCCGUUGCCACCAUGGCACAGCUCCUCCUCCAGCAGGGCAAGGUCACCGAGGCGCUGAAGUACUUUGAGCGCGCCGCCGAGCUCGCCCGGACCGAGGGCGAGCUGGUGAACGCCCUGUCCUACGCCGAGGCCACGAGGACGCAGAUCCUCGUCCAGGAGAAGUACCCGCAGCUGGCAGCUAAGCUCUCCGGCAUGGGCGGCGCCAUGGCGAUGCGCUAGAGCAUCGCGCUCGCCCGCACGCCCUCCGGUGUGUGUUCCUCGUUGG